UGUGAAUUAUUAUUGUUCAAAAUAUUUGGCACUCGUUUAAAGAAAAGAGCUUAUCAUGAAGAUACCAUUCCUCAGCCGCUCGGCACUUAAAGAACCCGAACCCAUUUCAUACACAACAGAGUUUCGGGAUUUCAUACAGAAAAAUGCACCAUUAGAUUUCGAGACUAAAAUGGCACGAGUGCGUCCAUUUGUAUUCACCAGUUUUAUAGCAUGGCCGGCUUUUUGGGUGUAUCGGGGCUUGGAUUGGAGCAACAAAGUACAUGCCGAACGAUCGUUGGUGACCUAUAUAAAUCGGACCUACCACCGGGCCAAGUUUAUGCAGUUUGCGAUUCUCAGCAUGGGUCUAAUGUUUGCGGUUUAUGAACAGACUCCUUUCUUUCAUCAAGUGAGUCACAUGCUCAAGGCUAGUAUCGAUGACGUUGACGAGUACACCGCUCAAACUCGAGUGAUUGAUUGA